AUGGUGUGGAGGAAUGCCGCAAAGGUUAUUCUUGCGGCAGGAGAAGCGUUAACGAAAGCGUUCACGAGGGCAGUUAGAGAUGAAAUCAGAGCAAGCAAACAAGCCGCAGCCAGGUAUGCUGAAAGGACGGGUGGAUCAGCCUCGGAAGCACAACGAUCCGGUGAAACAAACGCUAGGCUCGGAAUAUCUCUACAGGCUAGUCGAAGAAUUCAUUCCGUUAAGAGUGAUCUCGUUCCAUAUUUUCGCACCGAUAAAGCAAGUUUAUUCCAGGAAUCAAUGCAGAUUUUGAAUGUGAAAGAGCCCUUGAACAAAGAAGAAGUUGAGUCGCAUUACAAACAUUUAUUUGAAAUUAACGACAAGACAAAAGGCGGUUCCUUGUAUUUACAGUCUAAGGUAAGUGUAACAUUCUACAUACCCUUCAUUAAGCACUCGAGUUGCUCCUUAUACUCAUCAGCUAAUUGUGAACAGUAUUAUUCUUACAUCAACUGA